GAAUGGAAACACAGAUUGAGUCCAUUGUCUAACAGAACACACGAUUCAAUCCAUACAUCAAUUGAUCCCAAACUGAUCGCACAAUCAACACAUCGAUGACAUCCUAUCCAUCACUUCCAAUGGUUCCGGCGCUGUCUGUGGGCUGUCUCAAGCGUAUUAUCAAGUCUACGGGUCCGCCCACCGCCGCUGACGUCCGCCAAUCGGUUGUCCAGAUUCUUGGGACCAAACGGGUGGCCAACGGAUCCAUUCGUUGCAUACUAUGGGAUGGCGUCGACUCUUAUAAGAUGUCUAUCAUUAAGCAGUCGCCCGAAAAUGACGCCAAAAUGGCGUCCAAUCAGUUCCAGACCUAUUCGGUCGUCCGACUCAUCAACUAUUGGGUGUCCACUAUAGGCGCCAACGACGCGGAAGUGCUGGUCAUCAGCCAAUUGGAGACACUGAUGACAGGUUCGCAAAUCAACUGUAAGCUUGACGUCGGGCCGCAGCCGACGGCCGCCCCUUUGCCACCGCCGGCCAACACUUGCGAUAACCAAAACAAUAUGAAUAACGCGAAUAACGAGGCGUCGAUCGACACGUCGAAAGUGUGUCCAAUUCUGGCCAUAACUCCGUUCUUCAACGCGUGGCUAAUAAGGGCUCGAGUGGUGUCGAAGACAGCCGUCAGGACUUAUAAGGGACGCGACGGUAAAGCCGACGGACGGCUCUUCUCUUUCGAUGUGGCGGACGAUUCGGCGGACAUUCGGUUCACGGCAUUCAACAAAGAGUGCGACAAAUACUUCGAUAUCAUUGAAAAGGAUAUGAAUUAUUACUUCCAAAGAGGAAGCGUUAAGUCCGCGAACAGAAAGUAUUCAAACCUUAAAUCCGAUUACGAAAUCACUUUGAAUGCCGACUCAGUUGUGGUGCUGUGUAAUGAGGCGAUGGCAGCGCCGCCCGUGCGCUUCCGCUUCACCGCAAUCGCUCAAUUGGAAGGUCAGGCCGUCGGCGAUCUCGUGGACGUCAUCGGUGUUGUACGCAAUGUGGGAACCAUUCAGACGAUUGUGGCGAAGAAGACAAGCAUUGAAUACCGCAAACGUGACGUUUCUAUAGUUGACAAGACGUUGGCUGAGGUUAGGCUCACUCUAUGGAGUGAAGAGGCCGACGGGUUCUGUGGCGUUGCCGGACAAGUGAUGGCCAUUAAAAACGCAAUCGUCGGCGAGUUUAACGGCAAAACACUGAAAUGCGCGGCCAAUGCGACCACUGAUUUGGAUCCAGACUUACCCGAAGCCCAUAUAUUGAAGGGUUGGUACGACCGAGAGAUGGCCGGCGGCGGCCUUAAAGACAUUCGAGCGCUGAGCAAAGGCAGUGACGGCAACGGCGGCGCAAAUGAGACCAAAUAUUUGUGUCAAAUUAACGAAGAAUCUGUACCCGAAGGCCAGACAGUGUACUAUAAUUGUAAGGCCACUGUUGUGGCCACCAAUCGGUCGGAGCGACACAUGUAUAAGUCGUGCGCAAACACCGGCUGCUCGAAGAAAGUGCGCGAAGAAAACAAUUUCUAUUAUUGCGAGAAAUGUAAACACAAUUCACCUCAGUUUGAGUGGCGGCUUAUGAUCUCGUUGUCGCUCAACGACCCCACGGGUGACCAUUGGGUGACCGCUUUCCAAGAGGUGGCCGAAAAGAUUACGGGCAAACCGGUGGCCGAACUGUCGGCCCUAUACGAGUCGAGUCCCGAUGAAUACCAGUCGUUGAUAACAUCGACACUAUAUUUCAAGACAUUUGUAUUCCGAAUCGGUUCCCGAAUCGAUGUGUAUAACGACGAGCGUCGCGUGAAGUCGACGUGUUUCGCGGCCACACCUUUGGAUCCGAUACAGCGCUCCAAAGAGUUGAUUGAAUUCAUAAAGUCUUCGAUCAACUGA